GACAUUGGGCUUUUUUUUAGGGGGAAGGGACCGACAGAGAAGAAAAAAAGAAAAGAAAAGAAAAGAAAAAGCUGCCACCAUGGUGACGCUUGCGCACUAGCAUUGCUUAUUUCUGGCUCUGGCUCUGGCUCUGGCUCUUUAAGGGUGACGUGCGACGUGCAAACGGGUUUAGCAUCAGCGGGUCUCGGAGGACUAUCCAAUCAGCUCCUGCGAGAGGUAGGGGACAGACACCUUAUCCAGUCAGAAUCUAAGCUGGAGCCGCCGAUGGGCGGUGCUCGCAAUCUGCGUGGAACCCUAGCUGGGCCUGUCUUCCCGGCGCAACCAGCUCGGAAGGGAUCUGCUCUUUCUUCUCGCGGUGACUCGGGACUCUGAGAGGACGGUGCAGGGCCUGUAGCUCGGAGUCCGGAGCCCGGAGCCCGGAGCCCAGGACCCCGGGGCAGGGCUCGCUGCGGUGUUCAGGGCCAGGAGCACGGCGCUGCUCCGCAGCCGGCGGAGGACGGCAAGUGCAGCUCUCAGGGCCGGAGCCGGGAGGAGCCGGUUCAGACCGGCCUGAAGACGCUGGCAGUGCCCGGCCGCGGAAGCCUCGGGGUCGCUCUUCCCGUCCUCCUCCGCGUCCCCCUCGAGCCCCCUUCUCAGCCCCGGGAGCCCCGGCCCCCUUCUCUGCCUUUGGCCGCGGGUCACGGGGGGCGGGGUAGUCGUGGGCUCCAGACGCGAGUUUCUGUCGGGCCUCGGGGGGGGGUCCCCCUGCUGUCCCCUCCGGGAGGGGUCCCCGAGUCUGGACUCACGUCACUGGGUUUGAUACGAGGUCAGAUGGGGGCCGCGCGUCCCGGGGGGGGGGUCCCCGUGAGGCGCCUGCAGCAGCCCGAGUCUGUGGGUCUGGCUGCCCCACGCCCCCCGGGACUGAGCGGACGCGGGUCCCGGCUCCUCCAGCCUCCCCCGCCGCGGCGUCCUGUAGGAAGGGGCAGCUGGACAGGUGUCCCCGGGACGCCCCGUCUGGGUGGGGCUGCUGGGGGGACACAGGCCGCAGCACACCGUGCAGGGAGGGGCAGGAGAAGGGAGAGUGUCCGUGGGCCCUGGUGAGUUACCAAGUGAAGAGGCCUCAUUGGUGCAUGUAAAGGCAGAGUCUCAUGAGCCAGCUGUAACUUCACAUAAUCUUACCUAAAAAAGAAGUUAGAGGAGUAGGAAGAAUUGGCAUUUUUUAAGAUAUAUCUUAUGACACCCAGGACUUUGUGUCAUUCACGUAUAGAAGAUUAAUUCUCAGUUGUGCUUUUCAGAAGAUAUGGAAACUGUGGCCUUGAAAGACAUGGAAGAACCCGUAGAAUGUGAUGGACAGAAAAGUUUAUACUGUAAAGAUGUCCAAACUGUGAUAAAUACCCAUAAUAUUAUUGUCAAAAGAGAAAAAGGAUAUAAAACAUCUUGGGGAAAGCAUCAUUAUAAGUCAAUUAUGCUUCCUGAGAAAUAUUACAAAUGUAACAAAUGUGGAAAAAUCUCUUAUCAGAUGUUAGACCUUAUUAUACAUCAUAAUAUAUAUAUUGGAGAUGAGGAGCCUUAUGAAUGCAAGGAGUGUAGUGAAGCUAUUAACCAGUCUCCAACACUUUCUCAGCAUGGUACAAUUAAAUUAGAGAAAGAUGCAUUUAUAUGCAACGUAUGUGGAAAAGUCUUUAAUGAGUGGUCAGAUCUAAAUAAACAUAAAAUAAUUCAUACAGAAGAGAAGACUUUCCAAUGUAAGGAUUGUGGUAAAACCUUUAAUGAGGACUCAAAACUUACUCGACAUUAUAGAAUUCAUACUGGAGACAAACCGUACAAAUGUAAGGAAUGUGGUAAAACCUUUAAUUACUCAUCAAGCCUGACUGAACAUCGUAGAAUUCAUACUGGAGAGAAACCUUAUAAAUGUAAGGAUUGUGGUAAGACCUUUAAUCAAGGCUCAAAACUUACUCAACAUUAUAGAAUUCAUACUGGAGACAAACCUUACAAAUGUAAAGAAUGUGGUAAAACUUUUAACCAGCGCUCAAUCCUUACUAGACACCAGAAAAUUCAUACUGGAGAGAAACCACACAUAUGUAAAGAAUGUGGUAAAGCCUUAAGCUCUAACUCAAAGCUUAUUGAACAUCAGAGAAUUCAUACUGGAGAGAAACCAUAUAAAUGUAAAGAGUGUGGUAAAGCCUUUAGCCGGACCUCAAACUUUUCUGAACAUCAACGGUUUCAUACUGGAGAGAAGCCUUAUAAAUGUAAAGUAUGUGGUAAAGCCUUUAGCCGGGCCUCAAAUUAUGCUGAACAUCAAUGGGUCCAUAUUGGAGGGAAACCUUACAGAUGUAAAGAAUGUGGUAAAACUUUUAGCCAGGCCUCAAAGCUUAGUGAACAUCAGAAGUUUCAUUCUGGAGAAAAACCAUACAAAUGUAAAGACUGUGGCAAAGCCUUUAGCCGAAUCUCAAACCUAACUGAACAUCAAAGAGUUCAUACUGGAGAGACACCUUACAAAUGUGAAGAAUGUGGUAAAACCUUUAAACAGUCUUCAAGCCUUACUCGACAUCAGAUCAUUCAUACCGGAGAGAAACCUUACAGAUGUGAAGAAUGUGGCAAAACCUUUAACCAGCGCUCAAGCCUUACUCAACAUAGGAGAAUUCAUACAUGUGAGAUACCCUACAGAUAUAAAGAUUGUGAUAAAAAUUUUAUGACAAGCUCAAAACUUGUUCACCAGGUAAUUUGUACUGGAGAAGAGCUGCAUGGUGUAACCAGUGUGGCAAAGCCUUUAAGUGGAACUCAACCCUUACUCACUGUUGCAGAGCCUGUAAUGGAUAGAUAUCCUAAAUGUGAAGAAGAUGACAAAGCCUUUGUUUUUUAAACAGAUGUUAAAAAACACCAAUGUGCAAAGAACAUUUAAAGGUUAAAAAAAAAAAGGAAUUUAACUAAACAUAUCUAUUGUAGAGCAUAGUAUUUGCAUGCUUGAGGCCACAAGUUCAGUUUUUGGCACCACAUAUGCCAAAACUGAGUAGUGUUCUGGUCUCUCAUAAUAAGUAUUUAGAAAAAGAACAGAUUCAUUCUAAAAAAUCACACUAAAAGACUUCUCUGCACAUUGAAGUUAACUAGCAGAAAUUAAAAAAAAAAAACUAGCAUUUUGGAAAGGAUAUUUGCAUAUAGCAUGUUCAAAAGUGGUUGACAUUCAAAAUAUAUAGAAAAAUCAUACAAUCAAAAACAAAAAACCCAGUUAAAAGUAUGCAAGAUACUUUGCACACUUUUAACAGUACUCCAAAGGCGGUACUCCAAAGACAUACAAUAUCAGUGUGACAUUUGGAAAAAAUUAACAUCACUUUUUAUUAGGGAAAUGUAAGUUGAAAUCACAGUGGGAUAGUCUUCACACUAAUUAGAAUGACUAACCGCAGAUUUCAGCCAACUUUGGUAAGCAUCUGAAGACAAAAGGAACUGGUUCCUUGUUGGUAGUAAUAUAUACUAGCAAAACCCUUGUGGAAAAGAGUUAUUAAAAAAAAAAUUCCUUUAUCAAUGCUAUACCAUUACCAGAAGGACAAUAAAACACUAAUUUGAAUGCCUACGCAUUUUUGUUAAUAGCAGCACUAUUCACAACCAAACUAUGGAGCCAACCUAAAUGCUUUGUCAUGGGAUGAUUGGAUAAAGAAACUGGGAUGUAUCAUCUGUGGAUUGCCACUCUGCCAUUAAAAAGAUGACAUUGUAUCUUUUGGGAGAAAAUGGAUAGAACUCAAGUGAUUAUGCUCAGUGAACUAUGUAAGGAAAUGGAAGACAAAACUAGCUUAGAAUAAAACAACCAAGCUGACUCAGACUCUAAAAGCCUUGGUGGGUAUCAGAGGAACUGGGAUGGGAGUUUGAGGUGAGGGUUCUCUGGCGGCACUGUGGAUAUGAUGGAUCAUAUAUAGAUAUGAAACUUUUUAGUCCUAAAAUGUUAUAAUUUUGUAAACCAAUAUUAAUAAAAAAACAAAAGCAUUCAGAUGUUUCAUCAUUGAACAAAUAUUUAAAAAAAUAUAAAACACCCAAGUGAGCAUCAGAAUUUCCAAGAGAAAAUAGUAAUAGCACUUUUUUUUUUUUUUGCCUCCAGUGUUAUCACUGGAGCACUAUGAAUUCACUGUUCCUGGAGGCCCUUUUUUUUCUAUUUUGUUGUCUUUGUUAUUGUUGGAUAGGACAGAGAGGAGGGAUGACCAGGAGAGAAAGAUAGACACCUGUAGACUUGUUUCACCACUUGUGAAUUGACCCCCCAACCCCUACAGAUGGAAAGCUGGGUGAUUGAAAGUGGAUUGUUAUGCUGGUACUUAGGCUUCACACUAUGUGUGCAUAACCCCAUGCUACCUCCCGGCCUCCGUAGUAGCACUUCUUAGAUACUAGUUUUGUUUAUUACACAGUAAAGUGAAAUACUUAAUCCUUUUGUUAAUAGACUUCAAAGGAUUAAAAUAAUGGAAUUUUUGCACCAAAUAUACUUACUUAAAAAGUCUUUUUCAGGGGGUUGGGCUAUAGUGCAGCGGGUUAAGUGCACAUGGCACGAAACUUGAGGACUAGAGUAAGGAUCCCAGUUCAAGCCCAGACUCCCUAUCUGCAGGGCAGUCGCUUUGUAAGCGGUGAAGCGGGUCUGCAGGUGUCUUUCUCUCCCCCUCUUUCUUCCCCUUCUUUCUCCAUUUCUCUCUGUCUUAUCUGGCAACAACAUCAAUAAUAACCACAACAAUGAUAAAAAGGGCAACAAAAAGGAAAAAACAAGUUUUUUUUUUUUAAUCUUUAUUGGAUAGAGACAGCCAGAAAUUGAGAGGGUAGGGGAGAUAGGGAGAGAAAGAGACCUGCAGACCUGCUUCACCACUUAUGAAGCUUUCCCCCUGCAGGUGGGGACUGGGGGCUUAAACCUGGGUCCUUGAGCACUGUAAUGUGUGCUCAACCAGGUGCACCACCAAAAAUAUAUUUUUCAUAUUCACACUUUUCAAGAUUUUGAAAGGCAGUAUAUUAUCACUAGUUUGUUGUCACUUAACUAGUGGAGUUGUUUUAAAAAUGUCCUUUGUUAGGCAGAUUCAUAGUACCUAAUUUUCAUUGAUGAAUAUGGACAAAAUAUAAGGUGGUAUAUAUGGAGAAAUUCUAAAUGGAGUUGCUAUUUAUAGUAGACCACCAGAGCUAUUGGGGCUUGGUGUUUGCAUGUGUCUAUGGAGGCUUACUUUUUUAAAAAUGUAAUACUGGAUUGUUCGGUAAUUAAUGACAUUUUCUUUUUUAAAAAAUAUUAUUGGAUAGAGACAGAAAUUGAGGGGGUAGAUAGGGAGACACCAUGGUCUGGGAGUUGGUGCAAUGGAUAAGUAUUGCACUCUGACAUGAGAUCCCAAAUUCAAUUCCUGGCAGCACAUGUACAAGUGAUGUCUGGUUCUUUCUCUUCUUUCUCAUUAAUAAAUAGAAUCUAAAAAAAAAAAAAAAAGGAGACACCCACAGCCUGACUUGACCACUCAUGAAGCUUUCCUCCUAUAGGUGGGGAUUAGGGGCUUGAACCUGGGUCUGUGUGAUUUGAAAUGUGUGUGUUUAAACAGGUGCACCACUGCUUGGCCCCAUGACGCAUAUUUUCUAGGCAAAAAUGUGUCAUGACUUUUCUGGAAAUCCAAUAAAUUGACGUUUUGGUGAAUUUGAA